AAAGGGGCGGAGCGCCACUCCAGCAGUCAGUCAGUUGGGGUGGGCUGCACUCUACCGAGGACUGCUCAUUGUCCUCUCCAACCAUGGACAACAAAACAACCAAAUAUUACGAUGGUCCCUAUUUCGCACAUCUCAGGUCAAGCGGGGCCGGUGAUGUAGAGUUGUUGGGCGCUGGGCUGACCGGCGAGGACCUGGCGGCAGUACCGGAACACUGGCUGUCUUUCCCCGCGCCUCCCGCCAGUGCACACACCGCCCUCGCCCUGCUCUACAUCUUCUUCACUGCUGCCGCUUUGCUCGGAAACGGACUAGUCAUUUAUAUAUUUUCCACGACAAAAAGUCUUCGAACAUCCAGCAAUCUACUUAUCCUUCAGCUGGCCAUACUAGACUUUAUUAUGAUGGCCAAAGCCCCAAUAUUUAUUUACAACAGUGCAAUGCGAGGAUUUGCGACUGGAGCUCUCGGCUGCCAAAUAUUUGCUUUAAUGGGGGCCUACAGCGGCAUCGGGGCAGGCAUGACCAAUGCGUGUAUCGCUUAUGACAGACACUCGACCAUCACGCGUCCGCUUGACGGCCGCCUAUCUCGUGGAAAGGCCCUAUUGAUGAUCGCCAUUGUCUGGAUAUAUGCCACUCCUUGGGCCUUAUUACCACUGUUCAAAAUAUGGGGCCGAUAUGUACCUGAGGGUUAUUUAACCUCCUGCACGUUUGAUUACUUGACAAAUACCUUCGACACAAAGCUGUUUGUGGCAUGCAUCUUCACGUGCAGUUACGUGUUCCCUAUGUCUAUGAUCAUAUACUUCUAUAGCGGCAUUGUGAAGCAAGUAUUCGCGCACGAAGCAGCAUUGAGAGAACAAGCUAAGAAAAUGAACGUAGAGUCUCUUCGUGCUAAUCAAACUGCCGGAUCCCAAUCAGCUGAGAUCCGAAUAGCAAAAGCAGCGCUCACGGUUUGUUUCCUCUUUGUGGCAUCUUGGACCCCCUACGGCGUCAUGGCGCUAGUGGGUGCUUUUGGCGACCAACAACUCCUAACUCCUGGGGUGACAAUGAUUCCAGCUGUAGCAUGUAAAGCUGUUGCGUGUAUCGACCCAUGGGUGUACGCAAUCAGUCAUCCAAAGUACAGACAAGAGCUGCAACGCCGUAUGCCAUGGCUCCAAAUCAACGAACCUGAUGACACGACGUCGACGGCCACCACUAAUACAGUCAGCGGGCCGCCGCCGGCAGCUUCCGCGUAACACAUGCUGCUCAAUCCACGACGCUCAAACCAUUUUAAAUUGUCCAUAAACCUUGACAUUGACAAGACAACCGCCAAUGCUUAAUUAAACUGAAACUGGAGCUCCGGAAGUUUCACAUUGAUUUUGGAAUGAAUUAGUAUCGAACAUGUCGGAAGCUAGCCACUCGCUCCGCACCUCUCACAAUUUUGCGAUUAUCCCGCGCAGAAUUGUUCGAUACCAGACUAUAUGAACCAAGUAAGCCGGCUGUGCUCACACUGUGACAACUGACCUUUAUUAUAGAGCAAUGUUUCUCCUGACAAUGACGACGCGGCAACUAGUAACGGACACUGAGUUAUGUACCUUAAAUAUAUUUAGCUAGUCAAUAAAAUUGUUACUGACAAAAACAGGAUUUUAUUAUU